AUGGAUUCAGGAAAAUCUGUCAGAAAUCUUGCUGAAUCCCUUCAUUCCCUACUAGGGCUAAAGGCACAUCUAACUUCCAACUGGGUUAAAUCAGUUUGUGAUAUAAUAAAAAACCUUCCAUCUGAAAAAUCAGGUGACAUGCAGUCAACCAACUCUGAUACCAAUUAUGAUGACGAUGAUGAAGCCUGCAGUGCAAUCUCAAAAAUAAAAGAUGAACUGACUGUCUUGACUGAACACAUCAACCAACUGAACAUAAAGAGAAGGCAGAUCCUAAAUGAAUUCCUGGACUUGAAAGGGAACAUUCGCGUAUUUUGUCGAAUAAGACCUGUCACAUUUGGAGAGAAUUUUGGUCAUUUAAGACCUGUUGUAGCGUCGGAUUCGAAUAAAGUUCUUCUGAAGCUUAUAGACAAUAAGAGCAAGUGUUACAAUUUUGACAAGGUUUUCCACCCAGGUUCAUCCGAAGAUAAAGUUUUUGCAGAAGUUGAACCCAUCAUCAAAUCAGUCGUUGAUGGCUACAAUGCCUGCAUUUUUGCAUAUGGGCAAACUGGCACGGGAAAAACUUUCACAAUGGAAGGUGGCGCAGAUACUCCAGGCGUAGUGCCACGGGCUAUUGAGGCUCUGUUUAAGCAAGCGGUAGACAGUAACCAUGCAUUUCUCAUCAGUUUCAGCAUGCUUGAGAUUUACAUGGGGAAUCUAAAGGACUUGCUUGUCCCCAAACCAACAAAAGCAACAGAUCCUAUGCCACCUUGCCUUUCAAUUCAAACAGAUCCAAAGGGAGGAAUCGAGAUUGACAACCUUGUGGCCAUUAAAGUAAAUGACUUCAACCAAGCUCUGAGGCUGUACAGAUUAGGAUGCCGUUUCAGAUCAACUGCCUCAACAAAUUCCAACCUGACUUCUAGCCGAUCUCACUGCAUGAUACGGGUAGCAAUAACUUGCUUUGAUGCUCCUGAAAGGCGACGGGAAACAAAUAAAAUAUGGUUAGUUGACCUUGGGGGAAGCGAGCGUGUACUGAAGACAAAGGCAUGGGGCAAAAGAUUCGAUGAAGGAAAAGCCAUUAAUUUGUCACUCUCUGCUCUUGGGGAUGUGAUAAGUGCCCUCCAAAGGAAAAAGCACCAUAUACCUUACAGGAACAGCAAGCUGACACAAGUUCUUAAAGAUUCUCUAGGUGACGAUUCAAAAACAAUAAUGCUGGUCCAUGUCAGUCCCAGAGAAGAAGAUUUGUGUGAGACUAUAUGUUCUUUAAAUUUUGCAACAAGGGUGAAAAGCAUUCACCUAGGAAAUGAGGAUACAAUUGAUGCAAAAAAGCAGAAGGAAGCUGCAAUGGAAGAUCUGCAGCAAAAGAUGAAACAUAUUGAAGACGAACGGCUGCUUUUUAGAAGUGACAUUGAGAAAUUAAACAAGAAACUAGAAAAUCUAACAGGGACAAAUCCAUCAUCUGAAAGGCAACUGGAGGCAUACCGUUCUUGUAUUGAAGAACCACUUACAAGGAGCAGGAUAGUAGAUAUUACAGUGACUCCCAUAUCAAAGUUACCAAGAUUUAUGAAGCCAACCAUUUGCAGCCGAAGAAAAUCUGGGACAAGGUAUCAAACUUCUGAAGGAAGAGGUGACACAGUCCUUGCAAGAAGAAGAAGACCGACAUCUCAGCGUGCAGAGUCUGUGAGUUUCCCUGUGAAGGAUCAUUCAGAAUACAAUUCAGACCGCAGCAUUUCCAGAUCUAGCUGUUUGGCAGGGUUGAACAUGAAAAAUAGUGCUGAUAAUGCGACAGAUUACAGCCAAGACACAUCUGAAACUGAUUUUAAAUUUAAUGGUCUCCGAGAACAAGAAAGACCACCAAGGAGUUUGAUUAGUCAAAAGGCUGGCAUCAAUCACAUUCAGAAAAAUAGCAGUAGACAGGUGAACAAAAUGAACCAUAUCAAAUUUUCUAAGGUUGAUAGCUGGCUACAUCUACAGAAGAGUGAAUCCACUCUAAGUGGUUGCACUACAAAGACAAAACGGGUUUUAGCAGUUCCUAUUCCCGAGAAGAAACUCAAGAGUAUUGUACAGAGCAAAGCAGACAAUUUUUAUGAUGAGACAGUGCAUGACUGUGUGUAUACAAAGCAAAAAGUUGUCAACCAUGAUCAAAAAAAUGAUCUUGCAACUACAGGGGCAGUUGGAAAGCCCAUAUCAGAAGUGGUAAUCAAAGAACCACUGAAAAUGUUAAAAGAUUUAUUUUAUGAGGACUUAAGAUCAGAUGUUCCUUCUCCAUUGCAGACAACUGGGGGAAAACCAACAAUACAAAUACAGCAUUCUGUGGAUGGCUCAUUAACAGGGGAUAGUGAAUAUGGCACUUUUUCUCUACCAGAUGGGUGUAGUCCUAGACUUGAAGAAUGUGAGGAUGGAAUCGGGGUCAAUUCUAUAUCAAUUACACACGCAUUAGAAGGCGAAAUACAAUGUUCAGAAUGUUUCCAGCUAAAGAACAGUGCGUGCAGUGAAUGUUAUCCAUCUGAGUCAUAUGCUACAUCUGUUUGUUCAAAAAGGGAUUCCGGGGUCUCCUUUUCCAUGUUAGAACUGGAAUCAUGCUGUCAGAAAACACCAACUAAAUCAAAUAUGGAAGAUGGUAAAAGGCAAGACUUUUACUCCUUUCAGCCCUUGGCAAAAGAGACAAGACAUGGCCUGCUUCAGAUGAAAUCUCAAAGAGCUUUAUUUAUGAACAGUGAAAAUCAAGAAGACUUGGCUGUGCCAUUUGGUAAACCAGAAGGAAAAAUACAGAACACAGGAAUAUGUGAUGUUGUUAGACAGAAAAUCGAGAUUUUAUGCUCCAGUGCUCUUCUAGGAUUGGGGCUUUAUAACCUGGGAUUUGACCAUGAUUUCUUCUAUGGUUUAAUGCUUUGA